GUAGUAGUCUGGUAGACAGACCACUGAAGGUUACUUAAACUGGGGAUAUAAUAGCUUAGUAGCCAGUCCAUUGUACGUAGGCGCUCCUGUCUCUCUACAGUGGUGGGAGUGUUGUAUUAGCGCUAGGAUUAGGAAAAGACGGCAGUAAGCAGAAAUGCCAGCUAGAAAGGAAUUUAGAUAAGCUGGUGGAAAGACUUGUGCUCAGAAGGAGUGGGGUCGGUAAACCACUCCUAAGCCGACCCAUGGAGAAUGUUAACCAGGCUAGAGAUAUACAUGUAAUGGUUUAUCAUUGAAUUAGAGAGAAGGGGAAUGUCCGUACUCUAGGAGUUCUUUUUAAAACGAUUUCUACUGUCUUUUUGGUGCUAUGCGUCUUUCUGACUGAUGUCCUGGUCUCUACUUGGAGGUGAGGGGAAUUGAACUCUGAACCGCGUACUUGUAAUGAAAGUGAAAGUAAAAUUGGUCACGGGGGAAGGGAGUUACAGGUUUCCUUUAUGUCUCAAAAGGCAAAAGUAAAGAAGCCACUCCCCUUUGCUGUACAGUUUUCGCUGGUCUUAACGCUGUUUUGUAUAUCAGACGUUUUCAAUAAAUUAAAAAUGUCACUGUUGUUGACCUCGGUGUCAAUGAAGUCUGUAUGUUGUGAGAGAAAGUGUGGUACCAUCCGUCUACAGUUUAGUCUCUUUUCCUUGAAACCGCCUACUAAGAAAUGAAGAAUGGCUACGCUUAAGUGCUCUAAGGCCGUUGCCAUGACAACGGAACGUCUUGACCGUUGGCCCGAAGUCUGUAUCGGUCAGUUUCGUUCUGUGAAAACUUCCCGGGGUGCAUCGCGACUGCGUGCACUUUGUCGCCAACUAGUGUUGCGGGCAUUGCGGACUGCGGGACCUUACAGUCAGUCUGCGGGUCGCCCCUUCAUGAAACCUCCGUAGAGCAGCUGCCCCUGCACGACUUCGCGCUUCUUUUGGUCGUAUAAAGACGCCGAAAAUGAAGCCGGUAGCGUUAAACGGGCAGCGAGGGGAGGAAGGUUUGGCGGGCGAGAGCGCGAAACCGACCCGCGCUCGCCCCCUGACGUUCCAGGGCCUGUUCAAUGGCGCAGUUUGUGCGGCUUUUGUUCUGCUGACGGUCGCCUGUGCGGGGCUGUUUUGCCGGGUUGGGCAGAUGGACAGAGAGCUACGGGAGCUGCGACGCGCAUGCACAGUGCAGACAGACGGCGCAGCGCCUAUCGCCACACCGACGGCGUCUCCACCAGACGGCUCGGCCCACCUGCAGCAACACAACAACAAUAGACAGGUCCACAUCGUCCGUAAAAGAGGCGCAGCAGGACCGACCGAAGCGCCGAAGAGGAGACACAAGAAGGACAGGGAGGGGCGAAGAGGAAAGAAGAAAGACAGGUGCCCGAAAAAUUGCAAAGAAGAUAGUAUUAAUAUGGAUAUGUCAACUUUCUCUAUGCAUUCCCCAGCCACCCUGAACAACUGGAUCCUGGCAGACUGGGCAAACAAGGAAGACUUUCACGUGGCGAGUAGCGGGGAAAUCACCGUGGAGAAAUCCGGAGUGUACUUCAUAUACAGUCAGAUUGUGUUCUACGAGAAGCACCACCUGGUGUCGCACACGGUGUACGUGGACGGCAGCAUGUACCUGACGUGCAACGAGAGCGUGGAGAACGUCACGGACGGCGUCACGGGGCGAUACAAGACGUGCUACGUGGCGGGACUGGCCCCGCUUCAGGCCGGGGCCAGGAUCGAGGUGCGGGGCGCUGAGAACAUGUACGCUCUGCUGUUCCACGAUACAACGUACCUGGGGCUCAUCAAAGUGGCGGAUCUCCCUCAAAACUAGUUUGCAUGUUUUGUACUAUAAACAUGUGUAAUACUAACUGCAGCGUCAAAAGCUAU